AUGCCUGAGCCCCCUCUCCUCAUGCGGCCCCUUCUGGUCAAUGGCGUCACCGGCGAUGGGGGAGCUCCGGAUGCUCUGGAACCCAUCGCCAUCGUUGGUCUUGCUACGCGUUUCGCGCAUGCCGCCUCCACGGAAGGUCUAUGGGAGACUUUAUUGCAGGCACGUUCUACCUGGUCGUCCAUCCCGAAAGAACGAUUCAAUGCCGCCGCGUUCUAUCAUCCGGAUCCUGAGCAUGGAGGCACGUUUCAUGUACAAGGAGGUCAUUACCUCACCGAAGACCCUGCCUAUUUUGAUGGAUCGUUCUUCAAUAUCAGCAAGAGUGAAUUGUUGACCAUGGAUCCGCAGCAGCGGUUGGUGAUGGAGAAUGUCUUCCAUGCGCUUGAGAAUUCCGGGAUUUCCAUGACUGAUGCGCUGGGCUCGAAUACGUCCGUGUUUGUCAGUGGAUUCAAUCACGACUAUCUCAGCAUUCUCAAUUCUGAUCCGGAGACGACUAUUAAAUACAAGCCAACCGGAGUCACCAACGCAAUUCUGUCGAACCGUGUUAGCUGGUUCUUUGACUUCAAGGGCCCAAGUAUGACCAUUGAUACUGCCUGCUCUAGUAGUCUAGUGGCAUUGCAUCUGGCAGUGCAAAGCUUGCGGGCUCGUGAAACAAACAUGGCCCUUGUCAGCGGCGUCAGCAUCCUGGAGAACCCAGCCGAGACCAUUGGCAUGAGCCACCACGGUCUACUCGGUGCUCAAGGACGGUCUUUUAGCUUCGAUGCUCGGGCAGAAGGCUAUGCCCGCGGAGAGGGUGUUGGUACGGUAGUUUUGAAGCCGCUGUCCGUCGCGGUGAGGGACGGCGAUACGAUCCGCGCUGUGAUACGUGAGACCGGAGUCAACCAGGACGGUCGAACACCGGGGAUCACCGUGCCCAAUGCAGAAGCCCAAGAGCGAUUGAUACGCGAAGUGUACUGGAGAGCCGGUUUGGAUUUGGCAGAAACGAGAUUCGUCGAGGCUCACGGCACUGGCACCUCAAUUGGUGAUCCAAUCGAAGCAGGUGCGCUUGCCCGGGCAUUUAAAUGCAGGCGAGACACUCCUAUGUACAUCGGCUCAAUCAAAUCCACCAUUGGGCAUCUCGAAGGUGGCUCCGGCGUUGCAAGUCUCAUUAAAUCCAUUCUCAUUCUCGAAACUGGCAUCAUCCCCCCCAAUUUCGAUCUGCAGGAGGUCAACCCUAAAAUCCCGGCGGCCGACUGGAACAUCGCUUUCCCAACAAAGAACACCCCAUGGCCAUCAUCGGGAUUGCGAAGAAUAUCUGUCAACUCGUUUGGAAUCGGAGGUACCAACGCUCACUGUAUCCUCGAUGACGCCUACCACUUCCUCAAUCAACGACGCAUACCAGCUACCCAUAACACAACAAUGAGCGUACCGAAGCUUGCGAAUGUCAGAGGAAGGCUUUCGUCAUCAACCCGACCAGACAACGACACGGAUCACAGCAGAUCAAGCUCAGCAGACGGAAGCGAUCAUUCUGUCAGCAGUGGUGCCUUCGUCGAUACGCCCACAAGUGACGCGUUCUGCUAUUCCCCCAUCUUAGGUUCAUUAACGUCAUACACAAGCCUGAUGAGUGUUCCCCGAAUCUUCAUAUUGUCUGCCUUUGACGAAGAUGGCGUCAAGCGUAAUGCAUCAUCAUACGCCCACUACCUCGACCGCAGGACGAACCUUUCCAAUAGCCUCGACCGGGUUCUCGACGACCUUUCCUUCACCCUCUCGAAUCGGCGAUCUUUAUUUGCUUGGAAAAGUUUUGUGACAGCAUCGACACCGAAAGAGCUUGCUUGGAAACUGUCAGAGUCUAAUUUCACCAAGCCCGUCAGAUCGACUCGUACACCGGAAAUUUCUUUCGUUUUCACCGGACAGGGCGCUCAAUAUCAAGCAAUGGGAAGAGCUCUGUUGGCUUACCCUGUUUUCCAAGAAUCACUAGAGGAGGCUUCGGACUACAUUCGUCGACUGGGAAGCCCAUGGUCACUUAUUGGUAAGGCACCUUUAACUUUAUACCGUCCGCCAAAAAUCAGCUUACACGAUAUAGAUGAACUGCUGACUGAAAGGAAAUCCCCUCGAGUCGACUUUCCUGAAAUUGCGCAUCCACUCUGUACGGCACUGCAAGUGGCAAUUGUUGACCUAUUAGCCAGUUGGGGUAUAUUCCCGAGGUUCGUAACUGGGCACUCGUCUGGCGAAAUUGCCGCCGCAUACUGUGCCGGUAAACUAUCCCGAGAAGGUGCAUGGAAGGUUGCAUACUACCGUGGAUACGUUUCAUCAAAGCAACUUUCCAUCAAUGGAGCCAUGAUGGCUGUAGGACUGGAUUCCUCACAACUUGAGCCCUACAUUGAUAUUGUUCGAAAACGCUGUACCGGCGAGCUUAUCAUUGCUUGUUACAAUAGCCCCAAGAACAACACCGUCUCUGGAGACGAGAAAAUGAUAGAUGCACUGAAAGAACUGCUGGAUACCGACGGCGUGUUCUCUAGAAAGCUGAAUGUCAAGAAUGCGUACCACUCAGCGCACAUGGUUGCUAUCGCUGAGGAGUACCUACAGCUUAUGGGAGACAUUUCAUUUGGAAGGCGGUUGGCGGUUCCCCAUGUGGUGCACAUGGUCUCAACUGUCACCGGAGAAGAAGUUUUGGAUGAGCACCUUUCCGGCCAGUACUGGGUUGAUAACAUGGUGUCACCCGUGCGGUUCACCAAUGGUCUGACUACAAUGAACUCACGGUCGUCAGAUGCCGGCGAGAGCAUGACACACAUCGUGGAGAUCGGACCGCAUACGACAUUGCAAAGCGCCAUCAAGGAAACGGUGGGUCUGAGCAAGGAUCGGUCGGCCAUCAAAUACCUCGCAGUCUUGAAACGCAGCGACUCCAGUCUGAACGUUUUGCUCAGCACUGUUGGGUACUUGGCUGCGAGUGGCUGCUCGGUGGAUCUGCACAAGGUGAACCUGGCCUCGCGACCACAAGCAAAGCCGUGCAAAAUGCUGGUCGAUCUGCCACCUUAUGCCUUCAAGCACACGGAGAAAGUUCUUUACGAGAGCCGCUUGAGCAAGAAUGUGCGGCAAAGAAAAUUCCCGCGUCACGAUCUGUUCGGUGCUCCUGUCGCGGAUUGGAACGCGAAUGCCCCGAGAUGGAGACAUUUCGUGCGAUUGAACGAAAAUCCUUGGCUAAGAGACCACAAGGUCACUGGAAAUUAUGUCUACCCCGGAGUUGGAUAUCUCGUCAUGGCUAUUGAGGCCUCCCGUCAAUUGGCCGGUAACAAACACAUUAGCGGAUUUCAACUGCGUCGAGUUUCCAUCAGGAGAGCUUCGAUUAUCCCGGAGACCAAGGAGGGGAUUGAAGUCAGCUUGUCCAUGGUAAUGGCAGAGAUCUCGUCUGAGUCAAGAGUCUGGCGCCGCUUCCAAAUCAGCUCUUACAAUGAGUCCAGCGAUGACUGGACAGAACACUGUUCAGGAUUUAUUCAUGUUGAGCUUCAAUCCUCGCCCGAUCCCGUCGACAGCGGCCACGAGAAAGCCGAGGAAGCUCGAGCUUGGAAGGCUGAUCUGAAACGUGCUCACGAAACAUGCGGGCAACCAAUUAAUUUUCACACCACCUACAACAACCUUCAAACAGCGGGACUAAACUUCGGACCGCUCUUCCGUAAUCUAGGCAAUGUGCGAUCAAGUGGCUCACGAAUGGGGUUCAUGACCGGCACCGUAACCGUUCCUGACAUUGAGGAGUCAAUGCCAAAGCGGUACAUGCACGCCCAUUUGAUCCACCCCGCGACGAUGGAUAGCAUGAUUCAUAUGAUGAUAGCCGCAGUGCUCGACUCCACCGGCAAAUCCUCCCUGCAGGAAAUCAGGCUACCUACAUAUAUUCGCGACAUGUGGGUAUCAGCGGAUUUGAACUCCACGCCCCGUCACAAGUUCACGGGGCACGCAUCUGUCACUAUUGCCGCAUCUGAGAAGUUCGAAGGCAAUAUUAGAAUCAUGGAUGAAGUCAGCAAGGAGAAUCGAAUUCGCAUGGAUGGGAUUGAGCUUACGCCUCUUGAGACUGGUCUCGUGGAAGAGAGCGAGCGGCGUCUAUGCACUGCAAUCGAAUGGAAGCCCGAUAUGCAUUUCCUAAAUUCAAAGGCUGCUUGUGAGCUCAGCUCGAUCGGAAAUGUUGACCAUGACCAGAACCGAUACUGGGUCAAGCGCCUUCAGCUUGCUACCAUGCUCUAUGUCACCGAUGCCUUGGUUGAACUGAAUGGCAUUGAUGUGGAGACCCUUGAUCUUCAUUUGCGCAGGUUUUGGGACUGGAUGAAUCACACGCAGGACCUUCUCGUCAGUGACAAGAUGAUUCACCUAACCUAUGCAGAGUUCAAAGAGGUCUCGCGGAACAGUGCACUGAAGGAAUCUAUCUUCAAGGAAAUCGAAGCGCACGGUGCAGAGGGUGCAAUCACCGCUCGCAUGGGGCGCAACAUUGCUGCUGUCAUGCGCCAAGAAGCUGACCCGUUGCAUCUGAUGUUCGGCCAAGAUGCUGUCAUGGAAGGAGUCUACAAGGAAGGCCUUCACCUUUACGAUCUACCACACCAUCUUCAAAGCCACCUUUCUCUUUUACGACAUCAACAUUCAGAAUUGAACAUCCUGGAGAUCGGUGGCGGCACAGGCAGUUUCACUGCAGAGGUUCUGAAAGUGCUCUCGCCAGAGUCAGAUGCGCGGGUUGCCCGAGGUAGUAUCGCACAGUAUACCUUUACCGACAUAUCAUACGGAUUUUUUGAAAAGGCAAAGGAACGCUUCCAAUCAUGGAGCGAUCUCAUGACAUUCCAGGCCCUCAACAUCGAAAGAAGCCCUGUUGACCAAGGUUUCCAGACUGGUAAAUACGACUUGAUAUUUGCCGGGAAUGUCAUCCAUGCUACAGCCAACCUAUACACUGCACUCGGCAAUCUGCGCUCUCUGCUUCGACCCGGUGGACAGUUGAUCAUGCAAGAAGGUAUCAGACAAGAUUUUCUGUGGUACCCCCUUGUCUUCGGCCAACUUCCUGGAUGGUGGCUUGGCAAUGAGCCUAUAAGACAAUGGUGUCCGUAUAUACCAGCCACCGAAUGGAAUACAAUCCUGAUGGAGUCUGGGUUCUCUGGCGUCGACAUUGAGUACCCGAGCUCGACCCAAGAGGACUUGAGUUGGCAGAGCAUUCUUGUUUCUACGGCCACCGACACAAACAUCAAACCGCCUCAUAGUGUCCUCAUUUUAUCAUCUGAAUCACAUGUGACGGCAGAUGCGGUCGGCAUCCUUCGUCAAAUGUUCCCACAGAUACAAGGCGGCACUAAAGUGACCACCAUAAAACCGUCGGAACUCGAACACGUCGCUUUCCAGAAUGCUCUGUGUAUCUCAUUUCUCGAUCUCGAAGGAAGCUUCCUAUCUGAAAUUGACGAAAUUCAAUACAUGGCAGUUAGAAAGAUGCUAAUGGAAUGCCAAAACCUGCUCUGGGUGACACCCGAUUCUCGCGAAAACCCUUUCGCCAACAUGAGUACGGGUUUGCUUCGCACAGUUCGCUGGGAACGUGACGCAGAUGGCUCAAACAUCGUGUCCCUGACAGUCGCAAAUCCCAAGGAGGUCCCUGCCAGCCAUAUGGCUAUGAACAUCCGCAGAAUCAUCGACCGUCAGUUCCUGGGGCAGGAUGACAACGAUCGCCAUGCCGAAUAUCUUUUGAAAGAUGGCCUGGUUCACAUCGGUCGUUUGAGUGAAUGGGAGAAAGCGGAUGAUUUCCUUGCUAUGCAGACUUUGAAUGUGGCUCCUGAGCUUAAGAGGCUUGGUGAUUUGGACAGGCCGAUUGAGCUUGUCCCCAGGACAAAUGAUCUUCACUGGAUUAUGGACGACUCACACGAUACUCCCCUUGGCAACGCAGAAAUUGAGGUCGAGGUCCGCGCAGUCGGUCUAAACUCCGAGCCCGGUGCUUCCAACUGGUCGAAUGAGGCUUCUGGUGUGGUUAAGAAAGUAGGUCUCGCCGUGGAAAGUCUGGCACCAGGUGACCGUGUUGUUUUCCUGAGUACGGGUAGUAUCUGUUUCCGUACGCUGGCCCGAGUCGACCAGGCCCUGGCAGUCAGACUACCAGAAAAGAUCCCGUUCGAUGUUGCUGCUGGGAUACCUUCAAUCUACAUCGCUGCACUUUACGGGCUUGGCGGAGUUGCCAGGCUUAGUGAAGAUGACGCCGUCCUGAUCCACACUGGCGCCUCUGUUCUUGGUCAAGCGGCUAUACAAUACGCGAAAAUGAUCGGAGCCGAAAUCUACACCACGGUCUCGACGCCUGAAGACCAAGCAUUCAUCACUUCAGAGUAUGGCAUUCCCAAGGAGCAUGUCUUUUCCAGCGGAGAUCUCAGCUUCGCGAGGGGCAUCAUGAGAAGCACGAAGGGCGCUGGUGUCGAUGUCAUUUUUAACACCCUGACCGGCGAGGCCCUGCAGGAGUCCCUGGGUUGCAUCGCCCCGUUCGGCCGGUUCAUCGAAGCAUCCAACAAAAGUGCUCGGGACAAUGCCACGAUUGAUCUUGCUCCACUACAGCGAAACGUGACAAUGUCCAGUUUGGAUAUUCCUCUCCUGAUUAAACAACGCCCAAAGCUUGUUCGACGCUUGUUGGCCGAGGCACUGAAGUUGUUCUCCGAGGGGAGGAUUGGCCAAGUUAGCCCGAUGACUGUCCUGGAUUUCACACAGAUCAAGGAAGGUGUACAGUCUCUGCGCAACAGCCAAAGGCCUGGCAAGAUUAUCUUCACCCCUGAUCCUUCGAAUCUCAUUUCCAUUGCCCCCCAGAAUGUGGCUCCUUAUCAAUUUGAAAGCAAUGCAUCCUACCUACUGGCUGGUGGUCUUGGCGGCCUGGGACGCAGUAUAGCUCGUUGGAUGGCUGCUCGUGGUGCGAAGAAUCUGAUAUUCCUCUCACGUUCCGGAAGGGUCACAGAGUCGGUCGAGGAGAUGAAUGCCGACCUAGAGAGUAUUGGUUGUAACGUUCACAUUUUCUCCUGUGACGUUGCUGACGCGGACCGUCUACGAGCUGUUGUCAACCAAUGUUCGGCCUCAUUGCCGCCGAUCAAAGGAUGUAUCCAGGGAUCCAUGGUUCUACGGGAUGGUGCUUUCGCCAGCAUGUCGUUCGAGGACUGGCAAGCCGCAAUCUGUCCAAAAGUUCAGGGUUCAUGGAACCUGCACCAGACACUUCCCCAGAAUCUCGACUUCUUCGUGAUGCUAUCCUCAGUUGCCGGCAUUUUCGGUAACCGUGGCCAAUCCAACUACGCAGCAGGGAACACCUUCCAAGAUGCACUAGCAGCUUUCCGGGUUUCUCAAGGAUUGAACGCAUCCAGUAUCAAUCUCGGCAGUGUUUCAAGUGUGGGGUGGGUCGCAGAGAACCGAAGCUCGAUGCGCACGCACACUGCAACGCUCUUUGAGCUUUUGCGGGAGGAAGAAGUACACGGAGCCAUUGAGUUCUUAAUCGACACCAGAUACAAGAAAGCCAACAAUGAUACCACCCCUCACUCACAGCUGGUCCUCGGCCUUCCGGCUGCCCAGAUGUGUCGACAAAACGGCAUUCCACCCCCGACAUAUCUCAACUACUCUCUUUUCACGCACCUUCGCACAACAGCCACGGCCAAGGCUACAGAAACAAACGAACAGAAAACCAUGAAUACAGCCGCCCUUCUCGCUGCAACGGCCAACAAAGACGACGCCGUAACCGUCGUCUCAAACGGUCUCAUCGAACGACUAUCCUCCCUCCUCGCCAUCCCAACCUCCGAACUCGAUCCCCGAAGAUUUGGCUUCGGAGGCAUUGACUCCUUAGUCGCCAUGGAAUUCCGCUCCUGGAUAGUCAAGGAGUUGAAAGCCGAAGUAUCUUUACUUGACAUCAUGGGCGCACGGAAUAUUCAAAGUCUGAGUGAGAAGAUCACUCAGACUAGCCGGCUUGUCGGUGAAUCAUGA